CAGCCAGUAAAACUUCAUUCAGCAAACGUCAAAUGGGUCAAAACGUCAGAGAAGGUGGCAGUGGCAAGUGGCAACUAGAACUAGCCCCCUAUCAUAUCAGCUGUAAUUCGAUGGUAGUGUCGAAAAAGAGAGAUAGCAUGUAUUAUUUUAUUUUUUGAUUUGAAAGUGGAAUGAAGACGUUUUAACAUGAAUCAUCCUGGCCAUUCGCCAAAAAAUCACAGUAAAUAAGAAAGUGUAUAGACGGUGGAAAACCGCGGGAGAUAUAUUCUAAACAUGGAGCAAAUUUAAAGAAAUUGUUAUGAGGUUAUGUCGAAAUGUCAAAGUCUUAUGGUGUUGAGUGAUAAAUAAACAACACAAGGUACUGUUGGAAUAUCUCGAAUUCACGAUGGUCGAAUUUUCCGAUUACAUAUCAGUACCGAGGCUUGACAAUGUUACUCUGUGGCAAAAGCGCGACGAGAAAUGUCGUGAUUCUUGUUUAGAAGGAACCUUAUGUCUCAGUGGACAUCAUCUUUUACUCUCUUCUCGACAGGACAUUCGCAAAGAACUAUGGCUACUCUAUCGAAACAUAGAUGUGAUAGAAAAAAAAACAAACAGUCACAGCCCGGGUGGAAGUAUAACAUUGAAAUUGAAAGAUUUUCGAAUUCUCCAAUUGGAUAUAAAUUCUACUGAUGAUCUUAGCAGGAUUUCUACUACACUAGAGCAACUAUCAUCUUUAGAUCAAUUAUCGCAGUAUCCAUUUUUCUUCAGACCAAGGUCGAUAAACAAUAAAAAGGAUGAGGAUGGCUGGUCGGCAUAUGCACCAGUUUCUGAAUGGUCAAAACUUCUUGCCCUGCAUGGAGAUGAGUGGAGAUUGAGUCAUUUGAACCGUGACUACAAAGUCUGUAAUUCGUACCCAUCAGCAAUAGUGGUGCCACGUCAAAUAGAAGAUCAAAUCAUCGUUGCUUCAGCUAAUUUUCGAGAUGGAGGCAGAUUUCCUGUCCUUUGUUACAGACACGAAGGAGGAAGCAUUUUGUUCCGAAGCAGUCAGCCGCUUUGUGGUGCAACUGGAAAAAGGUGUAGGGAAGAUGAAAGACUUUUGAAUGCAGUCCUUGGCGCAGGACGGAGAGGAUAUAUCAUUGACACAAGAUCAGCAAAUCAAGCCCAAAGUGCACGAGCCAGAGGUGGAGGUACAGAAAUUGAUGCGGCAUAUCCCCAGUGGCGUAAGGUAUAUAAAAAUGUACCCAGACUUUCGGAGCUUGCCGACAGCCUUUACAAGCUCACUGAAGCUUGCAGUGAUACAGCUUGUUCUACUGGGCAGUGGUUAUCGAGACUUGAUAACAGUGGCUGGCUCAAUGCAGUUCAGAGUGCCCUCAAUGCUGCCUGUGUCGCUGCACAGUGCCUUCAUCAAGAAUCAGCAGCAGUCCUUGUCCAUGGUGGCACAGGCCGCGAUUCUACUUUGGUAGUGACAAGUCUUGCCCAAACGAUCCUGAAUCCAGACUGCCGUACAGUGCGAGGACUCCAGGCGCUCAUAGAACGCGAAUGGCUCCAAGCCGGUCAUCCAUUUUACAGUCGGACAAGAUACGGUCCUUAUCAUCCUUCUCAUUCCCAAAAUCCACCUCACGCCCCAACUUUCCUUUUAUUCCUUGACUGCCUUUACCAGUUGAAUUAUCAAUUUCAAUAUAGUUUCGAAUACACUACGGAGCUUUUGAUUAAACUUUUCAAACGUUCUUACUCUUCGGAUUAUGGAACGUUUCUUGGAGACUCGGAAGCGGAAAGAUUACAACUAAAACUCCCCGAACGAACUUACAGUCUGUGGUCGUACAUAAAUCAGCCAGAAAUACUGGAAAAUUUAUUGAAUCCGUUAUACGAGCCAAACGUAGGUGUGAUUUGGCCAAGCGUAGCACCAGUCAGUAUUGAAUUAUGGAAAGAAUUGUAUUUGACACAUACGAAUGCUGCGCCGUGGAAUGGAUUAAUGGGAUGUGCGAAGCAAAUAAAACAAAAUAAUGUUGCGGUGAGAAAAGCUGCGGGUCAAUUGAGAGGACAGAUAAAACAAAUGCUGGAAGAACUCAUAUCGAAUCCGGAAUCGUCGUGCGGCUCAAAGAACGACGAAGAAAUGGAAGAAAAAAUGCGGUUAGCUCUGUUGAGCUUAGAAUCUCAAAGUACUUGAUACACCGUGAUGCUAUUUAUGAUUAAAUUUAAUGACAAUCGAUUUAGAUUGACAUAUGAAAUAUUAUUGUAAAGCCUCGAAUUGUUCUCGUCAGGGAACCACACGUUGCAUCUCUCAAUAAUGCGUAAUCACAUUGCAUACACGCACACAAUUUGUUCUUCGCGUAAGCGUGUCCGAAGAGAUGUAUUAAGUGUCAAUUUUCAAAUCUGCCGUCAGAAUUCUUAAGACGAAACGUGGUGAAAAAAAAAAAAAAAAGAUUAAAAACGAACGAAUAUUGAAAAUUCUGUCUUGAGAUUUAUCACCAAUGUAAAGCUUCAAAUAGCUGAGGAAAAAAUAUAAAACAGACCAAAGUGUCGUAACUACUUUUUA